UUAAGGCUUCUGCUAAAACGAAAAAUUGUCUUUAAACAUAUUCCAAGAAAUUGUAGACCGUUCAAUCCACUAGACUAAUGACAAGCCAAAUUGUGGAAAGUGAAGAUGAGUUCGAUGAGUUCUCGGAGCUGCAGCAACAUAACAAGCCCAAGGCGCAACCAUCAGUGGAUGAAGCUUUUGAUUUGGAUGAUUUGCUGCCAGUCAUUGGCGAGUUCGGCAAGUACCAGAAGCUCCUCGUUUUUGGCAUUUGCCUGCCUGCCUGUAUACCAUGCGGGUUUUGUGCUUUCAACCAACUCUUCAUGGCCGACACCCCUGAUGAUUACUGGUGUCGGGUUCCGGAGCUUCUUCAAAUGGAUCUUGAGCAGCGCAAAUAUUUGGCUAUACCUAAGGAAAUGGAGAACGACAAGUUGGAAUUCAGCAAAUGCUAUACAUAUGGCGUUAACUGGACACAGUUGCUUGACUCUAUUGAAUACACCGAUGAAAGUGCUUUAACACUGGAGCCUAAUAGCAGUUGGCCAUUGGUUAAGUGCAGUCAAGGGUGGGAGUACAACACGACCAGUGUCUGGUCAUCGAUUGUGAUCGAUUUUAAUUUGGUAUGCGAUCGAGAUAUAUAUCCCACCAUUGGAUUGGCGGCUCUCAACUGUGGAGGUCCGGUAGGUGUAUAUCUGUUUGGAUUACUUAACGAUCGAGCAGGCCGGCGACUAUCUUACUUCGCCUGCCUUGCUACUCUUCUGGCGGGCAGUUUGAUGACAUCGCUGAGCACGGACUUUUGGACAUGGGCCGGAAGUCGAGUGAUUGUUGGGUUGACUAUUCCUGCGGUAUAUCAGAUACCCUUUAUCAUUUCUCUGGAAUUAGUGGGCGAGAAGUAUCGAUCUUUUGUGACUGUAAUGACGUGCACAUUUUAUACGUCAGGAAUAAUGCUACUCUCGUUGGUUACCUAUCUGGAGCGGGACUGGGUGCGUCUCUCAUACUACACAUCCUUACCCUUUUACUCCUACUUUCUAUACAUAUUCAUAAUGCCCGAGUCCCCCCGAUGGCUUCUCAUGCGUGGCCGCUUGGAAGAGGCGCUGCGAAUACUUGAACGCAUGGCACGCGUCAAUGGACAACAAUUUCCUGAGGUCGUGCAUAGCAAAUUAGAGGCUCAAAUCCAGAGAGAUAAACAUCGCGAACAGAAGAGGAAGGUCGCUAACGUAGGCCUCAUAGAUCUAUGCCGCACGCCUAACAUGCGCCUAAAGACAAUCUUGAUCACACUUAGCUGGUUUGCCAACGAGACCGUCUAUUUGGGUCUCAGCUACUAUGGACCAUCGCUUGGCACCAAUCAAUAUGUAAGCUUCUUUUUGUCGGCGGUUGUUGAGAUUCCAAGUUACUUAUGCUGUUGGUACUUUAUGGACACUUGGGGACGACGUUGGCCCCUAAGCUUAUCAAUGAUAUUGGGUGGAGUGGCUUGCGUUAUAACUGUGAUGCUACCUGACAAUGCCAUAGACGAGACUUUAAUAUUAUAUCUCAUAUCAAAGGCUCUACUUUCGGCAUCAUUCUUGAUCAUUUACCCGUUUGCCGGCGAGCUAUAUCCGACGCAGGUGCGCGGCAUAGGCAUUGGGGCAUCUAGCUACAUAGGAGGCUUGGGACUUAUCGUGAUACCCUUCGUUACGUAUCUGGGUAAAGAAAAUUUAAAGCUGCCAUUAGUAAUAAUGGGAUUUGUUUCGAUGCUGGGGGGCUUGACCGGCUUGCGUUUGCCGGAGACAUUGCAUCAUCGUUUGCCGCAGACCAUUGAAGAGGGUGAAGAGUUUGGCAAGGAUUGGCAACUCAAGGAUUGCUUCCGAUGCAAACCACAACCUGAUAUUCACUCACCACCAGCUUCCUAUGAAAAUCUGGAUGUACUAGGGGGCUCUUCAACCAAUGCUUCCGAUGUCGAACUAGAGUUAAAGGAUAGUCGUCGCCAACGCCAGCUGCCUCGCAUCAAUGAGCGCACACCACUCGAGACUAGCGAUUCGAACAGUGGCAGUACUGGAAGGCAGCAUCGGUCUUCGAUGAAGCGAUUGGUCCGCCAGAUGAGUGUAAUGGAUACCCAACGGACUCACGACGGGACCAUGCAGCUUACACAUUGGAUCUGA